AUGAGUAAUUGUGAUUCACCUUCUCCACUUUAACCAAUCUUAAAUUUUAAUGAUGAAGAUGAAGCAAUGGAUUAUUUAGUAAAAGAGUAUUAGGGAUAAGGAAUAAGUGAUUUAUCAAUGACAAAAUAUAAAUAUAUGGUAUAGAGAGGAUUAUAAAUGGUAUAUAUAUGUAUAUAGAAAUAUUAUAGAUCCAUCCACCAUUACCAAUUUAAAAUAAUAAAAGUAAACUAAGUAAAUUUGUAAGUUAACAAGAAUUAUUAUAAGUAGAUAAAACAUUAGUGGAUAAAUUAGAGAAGGAUUAAAAAUGGUAACCAUAUAGAGCUAGAUUGUUUAAAAAUAAUUCUCAACAUAGUUUAAGAAGUUUAAAUGAUAAAAGUUCUAGUAAAAUAUAUACAGGUUAUGGUCCAUUAGAUGAGAUUGCAUUCUAAUUAGGACAUAAUAGAGCAUAAAUAAAAUAAUAAAAUGAGUAACUGUCUUAACAAAUAGAAUAAUAUUCAAUAAGUAAAAGUUAAUCAGUGGGUAGAUUACCAAGAAUUAAAUGUUAUCCAUCUAGAUUAAAUGAUGAUGGUUAGAAAUUAAAUAAACAUUAACCAAAAGUAAUUGAAGUAAUUUAAGAUGCUUCAAUUCCGAAUUUAUAUUUAAAUUGGGUUGAGAGAUUUUAUGGUAAAUGGAGACCUCCAAUGAGAGAAGGCGCUACAUUGAGUGUAAUCUAAAAUAAAUUCUAUUUAUACGGUGGAAUAAGUGCUACGCCAUUUAAUGAUAUGAAUGUUUGGAAUGGAAAUGAGUGGUCUUAAAUAGAAUUAAUAGAUAAACCACCUUAUGGUAGAACUAAUCAUAUAGCUGGAGUAUAUAGAAGAUCAAUAUUUUAUUUUGGAGGAGAAAAACCAUAUGAUAAUGCUUAGAAAAUAAGAGAAAGUUUAAAUGAUUUUAGAGUUUUUAAUACAGAAACUAAUGAAUUCAAAAUUGUUAGAACCAGUGGAGAAGGAGUAGAAGUUAGAAGAGGAUAAGCUAGUACAUUUGUAGGCAAACAUUUAUUUAUUAUGGGAGGUAUUACAACUAAAGGAAAAUAUUUAUCAGAUGCAUUUCAUUUUGAUGUUACUACUGCCAAAUAAGCACCUGCUAAUAUUGAUACUUGUAAUUACUUUUAUAAUGGAAUUGCUUUUCAUACUAUAGUUUCUGUUUAUAAUACAAAUAGAUUAAUACAACUUUAUAAAUCAAAUUUAGAUGCUGAGGAUUUAAAAGAUAUGAAAUAAAAAAUUGAAGGAAUCUAUUUAUUUGGAGGUGAAAAUAAAUAGGGUUAAUUAUAUUCUGGUUUCUAUUUGUUAAAUACAUAUUAAAGACCUAUGUAUUGGAGUGAAGUUAAAGCCAAAGGCGUUCCUCCAUGUGCUAGAUAUAAACAUAGUUGCAAUUAUUUUGACAAAUAAUAAUUAAUAGUAAUUUUUGGUGGAAUCAAUGUUGAUUCAAUAUUCUUAAAUGAUUGUCAUAUUUUUAAAGUAGAUUCAUAAACUUGGUGUAAUAUUUAAAUGGAAUAUAGAGAUGGUAGAGCUGGUCAUUGUGCUGCUUAAGAUGAAAAUAGAUUACUUAUUUUUGGAGGAUAUAAUGAAAAUGGUUUUGUUAAAGCAGAUAUUGUAUGGCUUGAAUUAGAUUAGAGUAUUCAAGUUAAAACUUAAAGAGACAAACUAUCUAAUAUGGAUACUACUAAACAUGAAAAAAUGAAAGAAAAAUAAAAAGUUCAAGAUGAAUAAGAGAGACUUCUAAAAUUAAGAGAAUAAAUUGAAUUACUCUCAUUUAAAGGUAUUAAAUCGUUUGCUCCUAUGCCACUUAUAAAAUAGAGAUCAAGAUCUAGUUUAUGGAAAACUGUUUAAUCUAAAAAAUAAUAAAUGUUACAAUUAAAAAUAAUUGAAGAAACCUAACAUCUUAUGAAAGAUUUUAAUAAUGAAUCAGUAUAAAGAAAUGUAGAAAAAUAACAAGAAUAAACUACUCCACUUGUGAACUAACUAGAUCUUAAAAAAAUAUCCAAAAAUUUUCGAUAAACUAAUUGA